UUUAAGUGAAUUUGGUGGAUGGCUGAAGUUGGCUUGAGUGCUGAGUUGCUGAAAUGUUUUGCUGUUUGAGAGCCGGGAAAAGGUUAUGCCUGGAGAAAAUAUUAUCAAAAUGCAUUCUUCAGUCAAGAUCUUUAUCAGGAGCUGAUGCCGUCAAUGCUCUUAGACCUUUCUAUUUUGCUGUGCAUCCAGAUUUCUUUGGCCAGCAUCCCAAGGAGAGGGAGGUAAAUGAAAAUUCUCUGAAGAGGUUAAAUGGCUACUUGGAAAAUCUGCAGAAACCAGGAUUUCGCUCUUUUAAGCCAACUCGUCUUACUUUUUAUGUAAGAGAAAGUGAACCGAACUCCUGUAAUGCUCAGGAAUCCUUCAGUGCUUCAGGUUUUCGAGCAGUCAGUUUUACAUUACGUACCAGGGACCUACUGAGCACAGUAUUAGCUAUUCUCAACUCCUGCAGUUUAUCAACGGAGCAUGUUCAGAGUUUGCAUGUGAACUCUCAGCCCCGCAAGGAAGCAAAAGCUGUGCUGAACAGACCUAUCAAAUGGGAUAAGACUUAUUAUUCAUUUACUGGAUUCAAAGAUCCUGAGGAAGAAAUAGAACAAGCCCGGAGAGUAGAAACAACUCUAAUAUCCUGGUUAGAUGAUAAUGAAGCAAAUGCAGUAAAAAAGCUGAAGAAGAGUUUACCUCUUAGAGAAGAAUUAGAACGCUUGAAAUUUGAACUUUCUCAUCAACUCCAGCUGUCUGAUAUCAGGUGGCAGAGAAGCUGGGGUGUCGCUCAUCGCUGUAGCCAGCUACACAGUCUAGGUCGCUUAGUCCAACAAAGACCUGAAGCAUUAAAAAAUGUGAAAGGACAUACCUUGAUAUUUACAGACCGUUCAGGAAUGAGUGCUGCAGGCCACGUAAUGCUGGGGACCAUGGAUGUUCAUCAUCACUGGACCAAAGUCUUUGAGAGAUUGCCAAAUUACUAUAAACUUCAAAAAAGGGUGCUGUUCUUGGAGGAUCAGAUAAGCCACCUUCUGGGAGGCAUACAAGUAAUCUACAUUGAAGAGCUGCAACCCCUGUUGACACUGGAAGAGCACUUUGACAAUUUGGACUCCUUCUAUAAUAAACUGCUUGACAGCAGGCUACCUUUUCAUCCUCGCAGUCUGCGAGGCUUGCAGAUGAUUCUAGAAAAUGAUAGAUAUGCACCAAGCUUGCAUGAGUUAGGACACUUCAUGAUCCCAACAGCUUGUGAUCCAGCCACUCUUCAAUGGUUUAUUAUUGCCAAAGCACAAGAAGCAAGAGAGAAUCUGAAAAGAAAGGAAGAGAUGAUGCUUACAGAGAAGGAGCUAAUCAGUACUUCCACGGAGAAAUUUUCUUUGGAUCGCCUGUAUAAGGAACCCAGUGUUUCCAGUGCACAGAUGAUAGAUUGUUGUAAGCGACUGCUGCAAGAAUCGUUGCCUUACCUGCAAGGCAUGCACCUUUGCAUUUCCCAUUUCUACUCCGUUCUGCAGGAUGGAGACCUCUGCAUACCUUGGAACUGGAAAACCUGAGAACUUAUCUGAUAAUCAGAUGAAUUGUUUAUUUUCUGUAAGAGGCUAUAAAUAGAAAUGCUUUCUAAGAGUAAAUUAUUAAAAUCUGUAUUUUGAUAUCAGUAUUAAACACAAAUAUU